AUGAACUCACCUUUGCAACCAUCUACACCAGUCCAUCUACACCCACUCUCUUCAGAUAACACUCUACUACGAGGGCGCAAGUCGCGCGGAACACCCGAUGCAUCCACAGACAACCACACACCUCGGAGCAACUUACAUAGUUCGAAAGCAAAAUCAGAGAGACUCGGCGAGUCAGAUGCUAAACCCGACAGCGGUGUCGUUACCAUUAGCUAUUCUCGCCCAAAUUGGGAUGGCAGCGUGCGGGGGCAUGGAAGGGGAGAGCGACGCGGAGCAGGUGAAGAGCGCGACGCGCUCCAUCGGCGUCCAUCUGUCGCAUCAUUUAAAUCUCCCGGUUCUGUUAAGGGGCCGUGUUUUGUGGUCGCUCCUCCAUACGACAACAACCACUUCCUUCCCCCGAGUCCAGUUUCUUUCCGCGGAAAGCCCCUGCUUGUUGAAGGAGCACCACCAGAGUUGUCAUCGUCAUUUGCAUCACAGGUGCUUUCCAAUACCUGGCACAACUAUUCCGACGAGGUUAUCCAGUCCGCUAUCUCCCAUCUUAGUGUCAUGGAAUCACCUUCUGACGGUGACGACCAUCCAUAUCACGCGGCAUUACGUGUGCUGUCUUCGGCAUUUCACCAUAUGUCUCGUACCUGCUUAGAAUUAGAGGAACGCCGCAGGGUUUUGGAGGAGGAAAGAAGCGCCCGCAGGCAGCGCGCUGAAGCAUUACUGGGGGAACUUCCGCCAUCCGAACGAGAUGUUGCAGGACGUGUCAUUCUGUCUGUCUUUGCGGAUGACUACGAGCACGACCAUCACAUGGAACGUCAACGGAGUCUUUCUUCUUUAAAGACAUCGUUGACAGAAGCAAUGGAGGAUGAAGUUCCGCUGGCUCGGAGCCUCUCUGGCGACGGUGUGGCAUCUUCCAUGCCAUUAACAUCCGAACUCUUGUCACAGAACUCGUGCGCUGGCGAAGGUGUAGUUCUGAUGGCACAUACGCCAAUAUCUGUGCCUAAUACCUCGGCCCUAAUGACUCCUUUGGACGAUACUUCUACUCACGCCCUCCCACCCAAGUAUGAGAGAGCCUCGAUCGGGGAGUGGGUUGGUGGAUGGCUACAAAGAAACAGACCAAAGUCUCAGCGUAGCGUAUCUACCGUUUCUGUCAAGAGAGCGGAAGGAUCGGUUGUGAAUGCCUCGCAGGAUGAACCUGCGGUUUCUGGCUCGGUCACAGCGGGUACGAAUCCUUCGGUUUCCGACCCACGUCUACGUCCCCGCAGGAAACCAAGUCGAGGUGUGUUUGAGGCACUUGGAAUUUCAGUGCGCAACCCCACCCUUCCGUCCUCUACUCCCAAGCAGUCCACAGUUGUGGAGCAGACCUCCGAUUCUUCCUCUCCCCCUAUUGCAGAGGGAAUUUCCAAGGUUCCAUCUUCCUAUUCAAUCCCUAUCGGUGCUACCCUGCCUUUCUCGUCGCUUGCUGCUCCCCAACUAGCCACAUCGCCUGAGCCCGUCGAACCCACGACUGAAACAUCAACCUUGCGAUCUCAGUCUCUGGCGGACGAGAAGUAUUUCCAUCAGGGGUCAUCCUUAAAGGCUAUUGCCCACGCUAUACGGGUCAUGACCAAUGACCCGGGCAGCAUCCUGGUUGAUCAAGGCCGUGAAGUAGGUCCGCUGAUCCGUAAGCUUGCAUUUGAGCUCGUCCAGCACGCCAGGAAGGAAGGUCUCUCAUUUCGUGAAAGGAGGGAGCGGAAAGGCAAAGGAGCCGAAGUUAGUCAGCAAGUGGUCGCACGUGCUACGCUUGCCCCUGUUGAGGGUAUGGAUGUCACCGCAUCACUGACACGCGCACUUGCCACCCAAGGCGAGGUUCGCAAGGCUAAGUCUAAGAAAGCAACCUUUAUGACCAGCUCAUUCACUUCGCCCCUCUUUGGCGCACUGAUAUCCCAGGGACAGCGCAAGGCCAUUACAGAGUCAGAUGGAAGCACUAGGAACAUCCAUGAUCAGUCUCCAUCAGUAUCUCGUCAACAGCCAAUUCCUGCAUCCGUGCAGCCUGUGACGAAUAAGCCAGGAUCGGUCCCACUGGAGUCAAUUAUUCCUGCGACAGCGAAACCACCAACACAAUACUUGUCGCGAAGGCAUAAGCCACUGGCCACCCCAGAUUUUCACUUUGCCGCACCUCUUCCCAACUCUGCUUCCCGUUUCAAUGUGUAUCUUGACAGGGACAGCAACCAACCGCUUACGGACCGCUACGGAUUCAUAUACGAUGUCUGUCUGUAUGAUCUCCUUUUGCUCAUCCGGGCAAAAGAAUGCAGUAACACUGCACCUGGUUGUCUGACUGGUGUCAAGAUUGCUGAUCGAACGGAAUGCAGCUCUUGGCCUGAUGAGGAAGAAGAGACACUCGGAAAUCAGGUCGAUAUUGUCAAGGGGGAUUGUGAAUGCGACGGUUCCGGUUCGCCCCCAUUCGUCAAGGCAGUGGAAGGCGGAAAUGCCGAUUCCACUCCCCGUUCCCUUCCAGCGGGGGGUCUUGUGCAGACCACUGGAGAAACCACGGAGCCAUCCGUUGUUUCUCCUAGCAGCCGCCUGCGCUCGAGUACAGUGUCCUCGGGCCAUACGACUCCAGCCCCCGUGUCGGUGCCCACGCACUCUUGGGCGUCUGUACUUUCGGUUACCUCUAACACCCCUCCCCAUGCCUGCGCAAAGACCAUCCGUUACCUUCUGAAAGAGUUGACGAAGAUUCAUGACCAACGACAAGACACUAAAAGGAAGGAAUGGGAUACCUUCGUGAAGCACCGCAGAAGAGUAUUGGUUGGGAAAUCUUCGGCUGCCGUUAUACCAUCUACUGGGGGCGCAGCUGCCUUGUUAGGGCUUGGUACCCGGGAUGAAGCAGAGGAAUUGUUGCAUACAGAGGGUCUGAUUGGCUUUGCCCAGCUUGGUCUCUCUUCGAGUAGAGAUGAGAAGAAAGAAUUUGAUAGAUUGGUUCGAGGUGGUAUACCCCUUGCGUAUCGGUCCAAGCUGUGGUUGGAGUGCAGCGGAGGUCUGGAGAUGCGCGAGCCUGGUUUGUUUGCUGACCUGCUAGCGCGGGCUGAUGGUUACGAACCUGCUGUUACGGAAAUCGAGAAAGAUAUUGGAAGGACCAUGCCUCUGAAUGUAUUCUUUGGAGGCGACGGGGCUGGUAUCGACAAACUGCGCAGAGUCUUGACUGCAUACAGCAGGCGUAAUCCUCUCGUUGGUUAUUGCCAGGGCAUGAAUUUGGUCGCAUCCACUCUAUUACUAGUACAUGCUGACGAGGAAGAAGCAUUCUGGGUUCUCUGUGCGAUCGUAGAACAUAUUCUCCCGGAAGAGUUCUUCUCCCCGUCGCUCUUACCAUCUCGUGCAUGCCCUCUAGUCCUUUUGGACUAUGUGCAGGAGUUCCUUCCAAGGUUGUCUGCGCAUCUAUCAGCGCUUGGGGUCGACCUUCCUGCUAUUUGCUUUUCUUGGUUCCUUUCGCUCUUCACGGAUUGCCUCCCAAUAGAGACCCUCUUUAGAGUAUGGGACGUCUUUCUAGUUGACGGAUUGGAUGUACUAUUUCGCAUCGCACUUGCCAUACUCCGAAGCAACGAACUAGAGCUGCUACAGUGCGAUUCUAACUCCGCUGUAUACGUUGCACUGGAGAAUUUACCUAUGCGAAUGUGGUUGCCAGACAAGUUACUUCAGCUCGAGUUUGAACUGCGGUCGUCCAUAGUGCAUGCUGACCUGGUAAAGCGCCGGGACACCCAUGUUGCGGAACUCAGGCACUUGAUGUCAUGA